CAGGAACAAAAGAUCGGCCUCAUACCAGCGCAUUCAGCCAUCGUCCUCCUCGAUUUACUCACUCGAACUCUCACGAAGUUUUCCUUAGAUCAUACUAUUCGGUCUAAUCUCCUAUUGUCGGUCGGUGCCGUCAUCAUUUCUUACCGAAACCAAGCCCGCACUGAACCCAACUUGACAGCCAUCGCCGCGAUGGCGACUGGAAUGGUGAACGGCCACGAUAUUGACGUCCCUGCGCCUCCUGUUGACCCUAUAUCAAGACCACAGACUCCUCCACCUCCUCCAUCAACACUUGCACCCCCUCCACCUCCCCCGUCAGAUCUUGCCCCUCCGCCACCUCCACCCACUGCCAACGGGGCCGCCGUCAAGAAGAAAGGAUGGGGCGCCUCGACGAAGCCGAAGACACAACCUCUCUCCGUGGAAGAUCUUCUCAAAAAGAAACGGGAAGCUGAUUUGGCGGCGAGUAAACCCAAGUUCCUUUCCCGCGCCGAGCGCGAGCGACUAGCCUUGGAGAAACGUGCGAACGAAGUCGAAGCGGCCGCCCGCUCCAAAUCUCAGAACGGCCAUAAUGGAACCACGCCUGUCGAGCCGCCCAAAGAGACCGGGCGGUCAAAGUCAUCUGUAGCGCCGACCGGGCCAAGGGCUUUUCGCAACGGCGAUGUACCUACUGGCCCAAGUGCAAUGCGAUCUCGAGAGCACAACAAAGGUGUUGAUUUUACUCCGCCUACGGCUCCCAAGUCCAUAUCGUUCGGCGCAGACUCGAGAACGCAGAAGCGACAAGCGGUUGAUGAUCGAAAUGGGAAAGCAGAGGUGGACCUGAUUCGUCAAAGGUAUAUGGGCGCAGAGACCAAUAUUUCGACCUUCUCGGCCUCGAAAAAGAGACGUCGUACGACAGAGAAGAAGUUCAACUUUGAAUGGAACGCCGAAGAAGAUACCACGCCUGACUACAACCCUAUAUACAACGAGCGAGCUCAACCGACCUUCUUUGGUCGCGGUCGCCUUGGUGGCUUCGACCAACAGGCCGCGGAUGAAGCCGCCCGUAAAUACGCCGAAGCCCUGCAGUCCAGAGACACCGAGGCUGGUGCGGCGCGAGCACAGGAAAUUCUGGAGAUGGAGCGAAGACGAAAAGAAGAGUCUAGUCGUAUGGCAGUCGACAAGCACUGGAGUGAGAAGAGGCUCGAUCAGAUGCGCGAGCGUGACUGGCGAAUAUUCAAGGAAGAUUUCAACAUCAGUACUAAAGGAGGCGGCAUACCGAACCCGAUGCGUAAUUGGAAGGAAUCAGGACUCCCACGACGUCUGCUCGAUAUUAUCGAUCAAGUAGGCUACACGGAUCCUUCUGCAAUUCAACGAGCCGCCAUCCCCAUCGCUCUCCAGAACCGCGACCUUAUUGGUGUUGCUGUUACUGGAUCUGGUAAAACGGCGGCUUUCUUGCUUCCUCUCCUGGUAUACAUCGCCGAGCUUCCGCGACUGGAUGAAGAUGAAUGGCGGAGAAAUAACGGUCCCUACGCCAUCAUCCUGGCGCCGACACGUGAAUUGGCACAGCAAAUCGAGAUAGAAGCUCGCAAAUUCGCAUCACCGCUGGGUUUCACGGUCGUAUCGAUCGUCGGUGGCCACUCCAUCGAGGAACAGGCCUACAAUCUACGCAAUGGCGCCGAAAUCAUCAUCGCCACCCCAGGUCGUUUGGUGGAUUGCAUUGACCGACGCAUCAUCGUCCUCGAGCAGUGCUGCUACGUCAUUAUGGAUGAAGCGGAUCGCAUGAUCGAUCUAGGUUUCGAAGAGCCCGUCAACAGGAUCCUCGACGCGUUGCCGGUGACCAACGAGAAACCGGACACGGAUGACGCCGAGGAUGGCAGAGCCAUGUCCCGUCAUCUAGGUGGCAAAGAACGAUACCGCCAGACGAUGAUGUACACGGCCACCAUGCCUGCCGCCGUCGAGCGCAUCGCACGCAAGUACCUCCGGCGCCCGGCCAUUGUGACUAUCGGCAACAUUGGCGAGGCGGUCGACACGGUGGAACAGCGGGUCGAAUUUGUGUCGGGCGAAGACAAGCGGAAGAAACGACUCAAUGAGAUCCUCCGGUCUGGCGAAUUCAGGCCUCCAAUCAUCGUCUUUGUCAACAUCAAGCGCAACUGCGACGCCGUCGCCAGGGACAUCAAGACCAUGGGCUUCAGCUCCGUCACAUUACACGGUUCCAAGACGCAAGAGCAGCGUGAGGCUGCAUUGCAGUCUGUCCGUGACGGCAAGACGGAUGUCCUUGUCGCCACUGAUCUCGCGGGUCGUGGUAUCGACGUGCCCGACGUCAGUCUUGUCGUCAAUUUCAACAUGGCCACCAACAUCGAGUCCUACACCCAUCGUAUCGGUCGUACCGGUCGUGCGGGCAAGAGUGGUGUCGCCAUCACGUUCCUGGGCAAUGAAGACAACGACGUACUGUAUGACCUCAAGCAGAUGCUCAUGAAGAGUAGCAUAUCCAGAGUGCCGGAGGAUCUCAGGAAGCAUGAAGCGGCGCAGCAAAAGAGUCAGCGCGGUGGUCAUGGUGGUGGCGGUGGUGGUAAGAAGGGUAUCACGGCCAGUGACGAGAGCGGUGGAUUUGGUGGGAAGGGUGGUGGAGGUGGUGGAUGGUAAAUCGACGAGCAAGCAGCGCACGCAAUCAGGUAGUCAAGCAGACCUAUGUAAAAGUAAAGCAUCAUGGACUGGUGAGCCAUGUAUUCACUCAUGUUGUACAUACUUCCUACGAAGAGUGAGCACAGAAAAUUGCCUGCUCGAUGAUCUUCCAC